ACCGCCAAACUGAACAUACACGCAAUUACAUCCGCGGUCUUAGUUCGUUAAGUUUUCAGUUCUUUAGUAGCAUUUUUCCCAGGGAUGAAAUAAUGUUCAAACAACGCACUCACAAGGAAGCUUCAACAGACCGCAAAUAUUCAUCCGCGUGAGGAUAAGAAGUGUUUUAGUUGUGAUUAGUUGUUGUUGUCGGCUGUAUUGAUAAAAUUGGAAAAGUACAAACGCAUCGUCGAAUACAAAAUAUCAAAAGUGCGCCCAUAGUGAACCUUGAAUCGCGGUCGUCUAAGCGAACGCGCAAAAAUUGAUAACGCGGAGGGAAAAAUUAUAGUAAUUAGCUCGCCUCUCUCACCAAAUUUCGGCAAAGAGAAUCGUCAGAGCUGUUUAUAUAUGUGAUAUUACCCAAGAGUAGACGGUAAACGCGAAAAAAAACUAUAUACAUUAAAAAGGCAACUACACCAUUCGCAAAAUGUGAAAAAGUAAAAACGAUUUUUUCGUCUUGACUGUGUGGAAGUUUUCUAUCCUUUUUUAUUACUGCAGUACAUGCUCUAUUUUUCACAUUUUCGUACCUCUGGUUACAAUAUUUAGUUUGUGCUCUGUGUUGGCAUCGCCAGGAGAUACGAUGCAAAGAAAGAAAUGGCACCCAUAAUACCUCAUUUUUUGCAUUUAUAAGUGACAAACUGUGUUAAUUCUAGUGCAAUUGAUUCCGCCAAUACGUGAUACUAUUGUUUAAUUUGCGUGUAAAAUAUUACGAUUCUCCCGAUAUUGUACAAGGAUUGGAGCCUGUGCCGACGAUUGAACAUCCAACAAACAUUCAAAUGCUCGAAGAUGAAAUACCAAGUUGAGAUUAGUCGUUGCUUGCGUGGAUGUACUUCCCAAAAUAAUCAUGAAUAUUGUUGAUCACUGAGCAAAAACAAAAUAGUAAUAGUGAACAAUGUAUGUGCCAAAAGUUGUUGUAUAACUAGAAAACGUUGGAUACUUUGCAAAAAAAAUCGUCCGAUUAGCUCGGAUACGAUAACCACAUUUCAGGAUCAUUCAUCACAACUUAUAUAACGUCGACGGUAACUGCACAUCAAACACACAUACAAUGGUAGACACACAGCAUUUUUGUCUGCGAUGGAAUAACUAUCAGAGCAGCAUAACUUCUGCUUUCGAAAAUUUACGAGACGACGAAGACUUUGUCGAUGUGACGCUUGCCUGCGAUGGACGAAGUCUCAAGGCACAUCGCGUCGUCCUCUCGGCGUGUAGUCCUUACUUCAGGGAACUGCUCAAGAGCACACCCUGUAAGCACCCAGUAAUAGUACUUCAAGAUGUAGCGUUUACUGAUCUCCAUGCGCUGGUGGAGUUUAUUUACCACGGCGAAGUGAACGUACAUCAGCGAUCUCUUAGCUCCUUCUUGAAAACCGCUGAAGUGUUGAGAGUAUCUGGACUGACACAACAACAGGCUGAUGAAACCCAUAACUUAGCGCAAGUACAAACAUCCACCAGUUCUGGCAAUCGGACGCCGGUUGGUCAUCACCAUCCAAGCUAUGCGGACAAACUCGUUGAAGAUGCACUGUUUGCUCAAGGUGUACCGCAAUCCCCGCAUAUCAACAGCUUACACCACACUCCAGCAGCCCACGGAGGAUCCACAGUGAACCAGUUGCUCAGAAGAGCUGCAGCUGCAGCCGCUCUACGGCGCGAGCGGAACAAUUCCAAUCAAUCGGAUGAGCUCUCCAUGAAACGACAUCGAAUGUCCACGGACAAUAAUAUGCUUGGCAAUAACAAUAACCUAGAUGUGGUGAGUCACAUGCCACAGAUAACCGCAACUGAUUUUUCGACCAGCAUGAAAAUAAACAGCAACGUUCCACACUCCCCUCAUAUUAAAGAACAACACAGGCAUGACAGCAAUAAAACCCCCAAUGGUAACAACAACAAUAGCAUCAAUAUCAAUAACAACACAAACAAUUUGAACAACAAUAACAACAACAACAAUUUAAUCACCCAUAGUAAGGAUGGUGUGAACACAAGUGACCAAUCUAGCGGCCAUUUGGGUAGCAUAGCAGCGAACGGAGGCACUGUCGGUGGAAGUGGAAGCUUAGGUUCCCACACCGAUAAGGAUAGUCUUACCCCGUCUCCCUCGGUACGCUCCAACGACGAUGUGAAAUCGGAACCGAUGGAGCUGGUGUGCAGUUCCAACGUUGAGCACGAGAACAGCUCCGAUUCGAUCGUUGACGAGCAGCACGACGUUCGACACCCCGCGGACAUCAAGGGACCCAUCAGCUCACCCCACGAGGAUGAUAUGGAUAGUAGCAUACAUUCCCACACGGCGCCUCCAUUCUUAAUCUCACCAGGAGAUAAUAAACUGUUUGCGCCUCCCGGAUCCUUCAACUUCUCCAUGGCCGCUUUGGCAGCCGAUCCUGCAGCACUUGCAGGUUUCAACUCGCAAGCGCUUCAAGCUGUGGAACUUGCUGGUUCACCGCAAGGACAACAAGGUGCUGUGCAGGCAGCUUCUUCAACGCAACUGACACCGCUGCGUAUGCCACCGCCUACCAGUGGCGGGAUAAAUGAACCCCAAGAAUGUCCCUACUGUCGGAGAACUUUCUCCUGCUACUACUCACUGAAACGACACUUCCAGGAUAAACACGAACAGUCCGACACGUUGUACGUUUGUGAAUUCUGUCAUCGGCGGUACCGAACGAAAAAUUCCCUAACGACACACAAAAGUCUACAGCAUCGCGGCUCCAGUGGAAUGCUGAAGCGAUUACUGAAAACAUCGGCAAUCAAAAAUGUGCUCGGCGGAGGAGGGAGCGCCAACGGUAACUCAGGUAUUCACAGUACCGGUCAUCCGCGGCCACAUCUGUUCGAUUUCGCUGCGGAACUUGGCCAACCUCCACCAGGUAUACAGUAAGAAGAAGACCUCCACCUCCUCCUGUUUGCUCUGCCCAAACAAAUGCGAAAUGCACAAUAUACGCAGCUAAGUCAUUCAUUUUAAGUGUAUACAAUAUCGAUAAGUAACUGACAAGAUUGUCCAUGUCUAUAGUUGUCAAAUCAUACGCGAUCAACGAUCGUAUACUACCAGCAUAUCUAUGGUCUUCUCCCAGUUUUUAUGUCUCGAUAUUUUUUUUUCUUCAUUUUUGAGAAAUGAUUUCUAUCAAUAUACCUGAGCAGUUGAUGAAGUGUGAAAUGACGAAUGUGCAAUAUUAAUUGAUCAAAUCAAAAAUCGAUUUUAAGUUGUAACUAAAUUCAGUCCUAAGGAUAUGAUUUUCUCAUUAUUUUCUCUUCUUAUGUCCCGCGGUGAACUGACUGGAUGAUUUAACAGUCCUUCAAUUGAACUUUGGUCUUGAUGCCGUAACAAAAUAUUCGUCUUCGAAGUCGAAACUAAUGAAGCAAUGGUUAAUGUUCCCAAACAGAAUGUUUUUUUCUCUAUUAAUAAGCCCUCUGUAGCGGUUGUUAUCGUAAACAAGUAACUUAUGAAAUGUCGAAGUCGCUAUUAGAUCAGUAUAAAAAAAAGAAACCAACUACUGAUAAUAUGUCGCUGGAAUUGUAUUUAAAAAAUACAAAAUGUUUCUCAUAUCUCAUGUAUUAUUGCAGAUGCAUAUCUAAAUGGCAGGUAAUGGAUAUGGCUGGGUUUCAACAAAAAUCAUUUAUGUGUGCGAAGAUAUGUAGUUAGAAUGUGGGCAACAUGGUCUGUUGAACAGUUUUGAUGGAGGACUAGACGACGGAACUCAACUGCUAGUAACAUACGACGACUUCCAACAUAUAAACAGCUUAAACCCCUAAGACAAGACUAGACAAUAGGAGGUCGAUUUCUGACCAGUUUUUCGGACCAUUGGUCAUUUAAUUCUAAAUGGUUGCCAAUAAUAUUUGAAAAUACACUUCUACAUACUGUACUCAUGGUAUGUGUUUUGUCUCUACACUUCGCUGACGAUAGCACACUCAGAUCGCAGCUUGCUCUGACUUUUCCGAAGGACCACGGCGCACAUUCGCCGAGAAACAACUCAAAACAAUGUUUUCACUCUCAGCGGCACACAGCAGCACCUGCAGAGAAAUUCCAGCGACUAAACACACAAUUAACCGCAAGAAAACACAACACCAGGCUGGCAAAAGGACUACAGAAUCAAACACGUUCGUUGCUUAUUUUUUUCCAAAUUAUAUAUUUUAUUAAAGCACAUAUGACGUUAGCCUAACGGGACCGGGAGUUCAAUAUUUUGAAAAUUUUUGUCUCACGACUAUGUUAGUAAUAUGUAACCGAUUACUCGCGGUUGGCUCGAGGUUGGUAUUACAAGUGUUUUCGUAAUUGGGAUAUUGCUGUCUCAAAUGCUCUGUCCGUGGGCCCGACACGGGAUACUUCCUAUUGGGAUGCAGCUGACCAUUAAUCAGCAACGCCCCCCUAGUCUGUACCCCAUAUCUAGCGUGGUGCGUCUUUCUCGACUCGAGGAAUCCAGGAUAGAAUCAUCACUAGCCGGCGCAAUCAUCAGCUCGUGUAGAGUUGUCAUGAGUGGUACAACCUUUGGCUCUUGUUGAAACAUCAGUGGACUGCACAACCUUCGACCUGUGUGUCUGUAAAGAGUAUGCGUAUGUACUGCCGCGACUAAGUAAAAGUGUAUCGGUCGGAUAGGAGGGAUAUGAUACAGGGAUACAACGGAGGAAACAUCAUUAAACGUUAACAUUGGCGUUUCUGAGGAACAAGUAUAGAUGAAGCAGAAGAUCAGGAUCGCGGAUACCUAAGAUAUCCUGGACGCGGAUAACCGAUUGUCUGCCUAGUGCCCUCAAUGCUCUGGAAAGCUGAGAGCUGGCAGCAUGGAACCGGAUACACGACCAGACAACAUGCUCGAUGUCGUGGUAGCCAUCGCCACAAUCACAAAGAUUGUUUGCUGCGAGCCCAAUGCGAUAGAGAUGCGCGUUUAGAUUGUAGUGAUUGGACAUAAGCCGAGAUAUCAUGCGAAUGAAAUCACGACCUACAUUCAAUCCCUUGAACCAUGCACUCGUCGAGACCUUAGGAAUAAUCGUGUGUAACCAACGACCGAACUCAUCACCACUCCACCUGCGCUGCCAACUUACGAGUGUGUACUGACGAGGAAUGUGGAAAAAUUCAUUAUAAGCAAUUUGCCUUUCAAAAAGUGUGCCUUCUAAAGCGUCCACCUUAGCUAGCGAGUCCGCUUUCUCAUUCCCCGGAAUCGAGCAAUGAAAGGGAACCCAUGCUAAGAUAAUCUUGAAUAAUUUUUCGACCAAAACACUCAAUAGAUGUCUUAUUCUUGUUAGGAAAUAAGAUGAGCGUUUAUCAACUUUCAUUGAGCGGAUUGCCUCUAUUGAGCUGAGACUGUCUGAAAAAAUAAAAUAAUGGCCGAUGGGCAAUGUUUCAAUGAUCCCUAGUGCGUAGUAUAUCGCACCCAGUUCAGCGACAUACACGGAACAAGGAUCUUUGAGUUUGAAAGAGGCACUGGAAUUUUUCAUUGAAGAUGCCGCAGCCAGUGGACCCGUUUAUGAAUGAACCGUCAGUAAAGAACAUUUUAUCAGAUCUAACUUUCCCAUAUUUUUCCGAAAAUAUAGACGGAAUAACAUUGGAUCGUAAAUGAUCUUGGAUUCCAUGGACAGAUCAAAAUGUCUCAUGGACAGAUCAAAAAUAACAGAGGAAUUGCAAAAAUAUGGGAAACAAACUUGGUUGAGGGUGCACGUCCUGAGUAAGAUACUCAUGGUAUAAAGACAUAAAACUUGACUGAGGAGUCAGUUGAAGUAGAUUUUCGAAGUUAUCAAUCACCAAAGGAUUCAUGAUCUUACAACGGAUGAGAAAUCUGUAGGAUAAUUCUGUGAACCGAAGAGUAAGCGGGGGUACUCCUGCCAAGACUUCGAGACUCAUCGUAUGUGUCGAAUGCAAACAGCCCAUGGCUAUACGCAAGCAACGAUAUUGUAUUCUCUACAGCUUGAGAAUAUGAAUCCUGGCAGCUGAUCGAAAGCAAAAACUGCCAUAUUCUAACACUGAUAAUAUCGUUGUUUUGUACAACCAAAUGUGGUCUCCUGGAUGAGCGCCCCACCAUGUUCCGGUUAUUGUUUGGAGAAAAUUGAUUUUUUGCUGGCAUUUCUGUUUCAAAUACGCAGGAGACAGGUACACUUAGAAUCAAAAUAUACACCCAGGUAUUUGAAAAACAUCGAGUGCCUGAUCGUUUUGCCGGAUAGGUGAAGCUGGAAUUGGGCGGGUUCGUGCUUCCUAGAAAAAACGAGCAUUUCAGUUUUCUCCGUAGAAAAUUCGAUACCCAGCUUGAGGGCCCACGUGAACAGAUUGUUCAGGGUAUCUUGCAACGACUUUUGCUGAACGGCGGGAUUAGUACCCGUGAUGGAAAUAACUCCAUCGUCUGCAAGUGGUCUCAGCGUGCAGUCUCUAGUUAGACAAUCAUCCAUAUCAUUGACGUAAAAACUGUACAAGAGAGGGCUCAGGUAGGAGCCUUACGGUAGGCCCAUAAAACUGUAACGAGAAGAUUUCGAGCUGCCAUGAGAGAAAAUCAUGUGCUUUUCUGACAGUAAAUUGUACAAGAAAUUAUUCAGAGUUGGUGAAAGUCCACGAUUAUGAAGCUUCUCUGAGAGAAUUUCCAUGGAAACUGAAUCAAAUGACCCUUUCAUAUCAAGGAAAAUAGAAGCCAUUUGUUCUUUACGAGCAAAUGCAAUUUGGAUUUCAGAAGAUAGCAGCGCGAGACAAUCAUUCGUCCCUUUACCCCGACGGAAGCCAAACUGCGUAUUUGACAGCAAAUUGUUCGUUUCUAUCCACUUGUCUAAACGAAGUAGAAUCAUUUUCUCUAACAAUUUACGAAUACAGGAUAACAUUGCAAUCGGCCUAUACGAGUUGUGAUCGCAAGCCGGCUUGUUGGGGUUUCGUAUGGCUAUCACUCUCACUUGUCUCCAGUCAUGCGGGACAAUAUUCAGCUCCAGAAACUUGUUGAACAAGUUCAGCAAACGCUGUUUUGCCAAGUCGGGAAGAUUCUUCAACAAGUUGAAUUUAAUCUUGUCCGACCCCGGAGCUGAAUUGUUACAUGAGAGAAGUGCAAUUGAGAAUUCCACCAUCGAAAAAUUCUCAUAAUCGCUUUGAAGCGGUAUGUCGCGCACGAUGUGUUGUGCAGGGACGGAAUCAGGGCAAACUUUCCUUGCAAAUUUUAAAAUCCAACGGUCGGAGUAUUCGUCACUUUCGUUUGUAUGGUUCCAGCCACGCAUUCUCCUAGCCGUAUUCUAAAGAGUGCUCAUAGCGGUCUCCCUUGACAAACCAUUGACGAAUUUCCGCCAAUAUCCACGCUUUUUUCUUUAAACAAACCUUUUAGUUUGACUUCUAGAGCUUGGUACUUUCGAAACAAUUCCACUAAUCCAGUUUUCCUGAAUUUUUUGAAAGCGGAUGAUUUUUCAAGGUAGAUCUUUGAACACUCCUUGUCCCACCAAAGUGAUGGAGGACGACUUCGGAAAGUGGUAGCAGGAACACGUAUCUUUUGAGCUUGAAGUGCGCUUUCGUAAAUCAAACUCGAUAUAUAGUUAUACUCUUCGAGUGGAGGAAGUUCAUGCAUUGAAACAAUUGCUUCAGAUAUUAUUUCUGCAAAUUUUCUCCAGUCAAUGUUUUUCGUGAGGUCAUACGCAAUAUCGACUGACUCACGAGAACCUGAUUCAUUGGCGAUCGAUACAAUUAUUGGCAGGUGAUCACUACCGUGGGGAUCUUGGAUUACCUUUCACGUGCAAUCCAGGGAUAACGAAGAAGAGCAAAGUGAUAUGUCUAGCAUGCUUGCCCGUGCAGGAGGGUUGGCUAUUCUAGUUGCUUCCCCAGUAUUCAAAACUGUCAAUUUAAAGUUGUCGCACAGAUCAUAAAUCAAAGUGGCACGGUUGUCAUCGUAGAGUUAACCCCAUGCUGUUCCAUGGGAGUUGCGGUCACCUAAGAUUAACCGCGGCUCCGGCAAUGCCUCGAUGAUAUCAAAAAACUGAUGGCGACCAACCAUAGUUCUUGGAGGAAUAUAUAUCUAGGCAAUGCAGAGAUCUUUGCCAUUGAUUUGUGUCUGGCAAGCGACAACUUCAAUGCCUGUCAUCGAUGGGAGAGUGACUCUAUAGAAGUAGUGACAUUUUUUGAUCCCCAUUAGUAACCCACCAAACGAGUUAUUUCGAUCGAGGCGAAUAAUGUUGAAAUCGUGUAAAUUCAGCUCGUCGGUUGAAGAAAGCCAUGUUUCACAGAGGGAAAAUACAUCACAGUUAGAACUAUGAACUAAAAAUUUAAAUUGAUCUAGUUUAGGGAUGAUGCUUCUGCAAAUCCACUGUAUCAAAUCCUUGACCUCUUGCACUGAAUCAGGCAUCGAGGGAAAUGAACGCUGCUAAAAAACCACUUUUUUUCAAAAAUGUUCUCAUAAUCGUAAGCAAACAUAAUACUAUGCUUUUAAGAGGGUCAUUUAUAUUUAAAGCAUUUAAAAUGUUGUCCACCAGGUCAUAAAGCGCAAGCAAGCCAGAUUGUGGGUUGGGUGCUGAUCCGGGAAGUGCUGAAGACCCCUGGUGCUUAGAAGAACCGCUUAAACCAGGAGGUACUUGCUUCGGUCUAUUCUCAGCACUUUCGACCCUGCGAUGUACCGGAACAUCCUGCAUUGGGAGCGUCAGCAACAGGCUCGUCGUUCUGCAGAAUGGAGAAGGGAUUGUCCUGAGUCGUUGGAACGGAAUUCUUAAGCAUUUCUGCAUAAGUCCGCUUGGAACGUUCCUUGAAGGAACGCUUGAUUUUUUCCCCUCGUUGUUUGUAUACCGGGCAUUGGAUAAGAUCAUGAGGAGUCCCGCCACAAUGAAGACACUUGGGUUCUUUCGCGCAAGGAUUCUCAUCAUGGUUGUCUCCACAAUCUGCGAUCGGUGACUCACAACACAACGGAGGAAAAAACGUUGGUCGCCCUGUUGACCAGAUUGGAUUCCACUGCUACUGCUUCACUGGGAUACUUCUUCAAUGAAAGGCUGUUUUAAAUGUUGAUGCACUUAUAUUUUCGAUGUUGCUAAUCUAAAAGUCACAAACAGAAUGAAGGAAAAAACUUAAAGCUACACUCGUCGCAUGCUAUGUGUGUAUGUGAUUACUAGAGAUGGGCAAAACGGUUCACUUUAAUGUGAACUAGUUCUCUUGAGCAGUUCACUCACUCUUUCGUAAAUUAGAGGGAUAUGCCAAAGCAAGUAUAAAAAAAGUGUGAGAUGUUAUGUAGGACUGUUCUUUUCAUUCAUAAAAUGCUGUUAGCAAUAAUUAUAUGACCGAAUUUUGUUAAAAAUAUCUUAGCAGAAUAGAAAAUCAAACUAUGAUUUUGAAAUUUUGAUUUAGUUUGAGCCGUGAUUCAUUCAUUUCAGCACAACCUAGCGUUGCGCUGCUUUUCUUCACUGUUUUGCAAUAACUGCUAAAGCAAGACUGUAAAAAAAACGCGAAAGACUUUCUCGAAAUUAUCGAGGACAAUAUGAUAUAAUAUAAAAACAUUUCAUAUCAGCGACACAAAUUUUUAUUUACUGUUGAAAAAACUGUUUGAAUCGAUUCGCUUCCAACUGUAUUGAUUUGUGAGGUAGAUUUGCAUAUCUUACUGAAAUAUUUACCCUCAACUCAAAAAUAUGAAAUUAAUACUUUAUUUGAUAAAUAAUCGAACAAUCCAAUUUAAAAAAUAUUGAAAUAUUGCGUUUUAUUAUGAAAACGACAAUACCGAUAUCUUAUUUUUGUUAUUUCAUGGGGAUAUCGUUUGUUUCCAUUCGUUAAUUUUAGGACUAUUCACUUUGCAGCAGCAUUUGUCUAUCACUCGUUCGCUCGCCUUCCUCUUAUACACCGAUCACCAUACACAGUUCGUUCUGAACUGUAUGCACAGUUCAGUCAGCUAUCAGUUCGUUCUGAACUGCAUACACAGUUCCGCCAGCGGUCAUCGUAAACAGUUCGUUCUGAACUGGUCCAGAACUGCAUACACAUUCAUCGUUCACCGUACACAGUUCGUUCUGAACUGAACUGUAUACACAGUUCAGCCAGCGGUCUUCGUACACAGUUCGUUCUGAACUGGGCAAGCAGUCUCUAAUAACUAGAACUACAACAUUGUCGAACUACGUUUAUCUCUAUCUAUAAAGAUAAGAAAGCUAUAUUUUGUAUUUCAUCGACAAUUUUGGUUACCCUAUUUUUGAUAACAUAAAAAUGAGCAUUCAUAUGUAAUCAUAUGUAAUGAGCGUGAUCAUACAUGCUAAUUUCCACUUGAAUGCAUCUCCUGGACCAUUGUGUAUUGUCUUAUAUUCCUUGGAUCGGUGAGCGACCUCACCCCUCUUUCCAUCCCAUAUUGCUGGAGUGAUUGAUCAGUAAACAUCGGUGUGCACUCGCUUCAAUGGUCGACUCGCUCGUUUCUUACGGCUACGAAACGGUGGCUUUAAGUGCUUACCCAUAACGCACGCUUCGCACAGACCCAAUGCAUCCAGAUAUCUCAACCGCCUGUGCCUCAGGGCGUUUCUACCGAUAACUUGCUGCACACUGUUCACUUCACGCAUAACUCGAGAACAAAAUGAGAUAAGAACCCAACACAUUAAUUGAAGGUAUAAAAGUAUUCAGAAUUAACAUUUUUGGCAUAAUUAUUCGACCAUCUCUUCACGCAGAGCCAAUCGUUAAUCGCUGCAGCUUCUCGAUAGAAUUUUUUGACGAUUGGUAAUUCCAAUAAGAACUGUGAAUAAUCCGAUGGAUUGGCAAAUGGUCAAUCAUUUUCGGAGAUGAAAUCUGGUAGGUUUGUCGCUAGUCUCAUCGUUCCAAACAUAUUCGCUACAAUCUAGGCGUCAAUAAACGAUUCACACAUCGAUGUACGCACCAAUUAGUUUAUUCAAUUCAUUUCGAUUGAUGAACGCUUUUGUUUCCGAAGAGGAUUGCGUUGCAUGCCUUCAUGAACAACAUGAACAACAUAGACAACAUUGUGUAGCCGUACCAACCUCGGGCGUCCCUUUUGGGCAUAUCGCCCACAUCAGAUAUUUCUUUGUACUGUUGAAGUGUACGGAACACGAAUCAAAAAACAGUUUGAGCUGCUCGUAGAGGAGAUGUGUCUAAAACGCGCCUGCCGCGCAAUUUGACCCGCCUGAUUUUCUCGUAAACCAGCAAGAAUAGAAAUGAAAUGGAUAUAGGCAAUCGUGCCAGUCAAUGAUAGAAUCCUAUCAUGCAAGUUUUACAUUUCAAAAAAUAAGAAAAAUAAUUUUCUUUGGAAGUGAUUUUCGAUGUAGUUUUCUACAUCAUUUCUAUAAUGUUUUUGUUGCUUGAAACCGAUUCAGAGGCGAUAACUGUGGGUCAUAUUUAUUGAGUCGACGGCGCCAGUGGUUGUAUGGUUAGCGUAACAGCCUCACAAUCCGAUCGGCCUGGGUUCAAUCCCAGCUGGCGUCGUUGGGAUUUUCUGAGGCGAAAAAUCUCUGGUUACGUCUUCCUUCGGAGCGGAAGUAAAAGAAGUUGGCCCGGCUCAUGAAUUGUUGAGUCUGAUAGGUAGGAACAGGUGGAGUCGCCUCCCUGAUGUCGGUGAUUGGCACUAAAGUGGCGGAAAUAGGCCGACGAAAAAUAAGCGAAGAUAAAAAUAAAUAAAUAAAUAUUUAUUGAGUCGAGUUCCCAGUGAAUAUCUCAGAUGAAGAAAAUUGUAAGAAAGGAUUCUUUUCUUUCUUGAUUUGAUAUUUUCCGUAUCAGCUUACCAUCGGGCAGUAUGGCAUACCCUCGAUCGGGGCAAUUUGCUCGCUUUCGGUCGUAAACAUUCUCACGAUAGAAAAAGCUUGUAUGUGAAGGGAUGCCAGAUGAUUUUUUCAAAUAUCUCUGAAUGGCACGAAUAAAUGUUUUCAAAUAUAAUCAUAAUGAGCAAAAAAUGAGCAAACCAUCACGAUAUUUCUUAAUCAUGUUAGAUAAAUCACACAAACAAUUGUUUUCACAUACUUUAAAAUGACCUCAGUAUGUUUUCACAAAAUCAAAUGUCUUGAAAACGAAAGCAUGUCUUCACAUCUGGCAUCUAUAUUAUGUGCUCAGAGAAUGCAGGAAAACAAGAGCGCGGACUGGAGAAUUAAUGCACGAAUACUGGGAGAACACGCUCACCGGAGGAGCGGUUUCUUCUCUUCGCUGGUGGGCAUGAAGGGAAUAGAUUGAUGGAAUCUCUCAUUCAUAGAAGCUGUUUCUCUGAGCUUUAUAGUAUCUGAGAGAAACAAACACUCAACGAUUACAGAUGACGAGGAUUAACUAAUAUAUGUACUGACGUAGUUGUUACUUUAAAUUUUAAGAGCACGGUCAAGAUAAAUCCAUUCUCGCUUAGGGGGUGCGUAUUACGCACUUCUCCUAUAGAUCUUUUUUGACGUUUUCUCGCACUUGAAUAACGUGACAAUUGCCACACGCUUCUAGUACAGACCGAACUUUAUCGUUGCUAGGAAACCGAACAAGUACUAAUGGGGCCACGAAACUUAGUGAAAGUGAAGGGGAACAUCGAACUACAUGACUGCAAUGUUACUACUUUUCUUCGCACCAAAUUUCUCUGCUGACAGAAUUAUGGCUAUACUUGAUAAUGUGAAUACGUUAUCACGAAUCAUUUUGACGUUCUUUCAUUCAUCAAAAAGUUUGUACAAUAUUGUUUUGUGUUUGUUUCAAUAUAGAAUAUCCUUAAAUACAAACAUACUCCAACACCAUUUCGAUUUCACUCGAACUAUUUUUCUAGAGCCAUUUUAUCUAAAUCAGCUUGAAUAUAAUAGAUAGUCACUGAUAGUGACUGACUAUCAGUGAUUCUGUUCCUUGACUUUGAUUUCACUUCUUUCAUAACUGAAACAUUUGCUAACAAAUAUUUGUGGAUUCAAACAAAGCAGUAAUUAAAUGAGCAUGUUUUAUGAAUUAUGGAAAUCGCGCUUCUGGAACAAAUCUGGAGUACAAAUCCAGGACAUCAUGGUUUCCAAAUUUGUCACGAAACUCUAAAUAACUCUGCGUUUCAAUGAGUUCCAUAUGCAUGUUUCCAGUGUAUUUUCACACAUUCUCGAAUCCUACAUCCAUAGGAAAAAGGCAAGCCAAUUCCUCGGUAACUUCGAAAUCCUUCUAGCAUCUAUUAUCACUGAAUAAAAUACAUAGUCGGCAGCUCGUUCUUUCAAACUUUAAAACAAAGAAUUUUCGCUUCUAACUCAGCUAAUUUUCCAGCACAGGAUGUGGCAACUAACUUGUCCAUUUUGACGCAUGUUUGGAUUCAUAUUUUCGUUCCAAAUUGAACAUUCAAAACAGCAGCAGAUUCAUUACAAAUCAAAUAAACAAUGAUUUAUGCACGUAAAAAAGGAUAUCCCAGACAAUUUUCCCUGGAAUACACGUCCUUCGUCAGCAAGUUUUCUUUUUUUACUAGUGCAGCGAUAAAAAAGCGAUUACCAAUAGACACUGAAAUGAUGAAUGAACUCGACUGCCCUCUAAUGGCGGGAGCACAGCAAAAUCGAAUGAAUUUUCUCCCAAACUUUCUCUCUCUCUCAUGAAUUCACGCGUACAUACAUCCCGUUCUCUCUCAUAAGGAUCUUGAAAAAAGUUUCCAGCCGUUAAGCCUGGUUUAUACGUUGUCAGUUACUCGGUUGCGAGUAAACGACAAACGAUCCAAAGAACUACGAACGGGUGUUAGAGUGGCGAGUCACGAUGGGUAAAAUCGGAAUCAUGUGUUGUUUCCGUUUUUAACGGGUUCUAUUUAGCUGGAUUGUUUGGUUUUUGCUGUGAAAUAUGAUCAAAAACAGGAUAGUGAGUGAGAGGUGUUUCUGGGGCGAGUGUUGGUGCAUUUUCGUGUGUUUCAUUCGAUAGACGAGACCCAUUUGAUAACGUGUGUACACUGUAUCGUGUGUAAGUAAUGUGUGAGUAGGAUGCGCAUAAUUUCAAACUUUGAGUAUGCACCGUCUCAUGUGUAAGCGUAGUGUAAUUAUCACCAUAGCAACGUUAUUCUUAUGACCAGUGCUUCAGUACUGGAAGUAUUCGAUACGUGUCAGUCAUCGUGUAGUAGUUCAGUAGUUCAAGUAGUUCAAAGCAAAGAACAACACACGCGAAAUAUAUGUGACCCCCCAAAAAGCUGCGUUCCUAUCAUAAAACUUACGUCGGAGAUACUUUCAUUUGGAAGGAGUGUGCCUGUUUUGAGAAAAUCGAUAUGCAGAUCAAAACUUUGGACAACUGAAAUAGCAUUAAAGAUUCAAUCCCAAUGAUAAAAUAAACAUAGAAGUGUAAUAAUCUGAGUGGUUGCCAGAAGUGCUAUAGUAUUCAUACACGAUUUGCGUAGUGUUGUUAUCACAGCACUUCAUUAUAAGUGUAUUCAGGGUUGUAUACGGAAGUACUCGUUUCUUUUUAUGAGUUUCGGGCGCGUUUGUGUACAUUGGUGGAUGUGGUUGUAUGGGCAAGUGCUCUGAAUCAAUUCAAAGCAGGGAUAUUAAAAAUACGAGGGCAUUUGGCAAAUCAAAUUCAGCAAUGUUGCGAUCAUUGCUUUAGGUUACGAUUUCAGGUUACGCUUUGAUAUCAUUGAUAUCGAAUUAGAAUGCAUUCGGUUCGUUAAAUUGUUGAGAUUUAGCAUUUAGGGAGUCACAUCACUUACCGCAGUGAAUCCUGAUUCAUACCUCUUCCCACUAACAACCAUCCCUCCCAUGAUAUUCGCUAGGGAACCACGCUAUAGAGGCGACCCUUCUGGCCUUCGGGCGGCGAAUAUCAUACUAACAUUCCUUCCCUUCCCCUGGUGACUGUAAGGACGUGGCCGGCGUCGUUAUUGACCAUUUAAAGCUCGAAUCACCGAAAAUUGCACAACGAGAAUGAUUUGCUAGUCCCAAGGGUCAUUCUGUGUGUUCUUUGUGCAAUUUGGUUGAUUCAGGUCAAUCACGGAGAGCAACUACGAAUUGUACAGUCUACCCAAGCUCAAGCUCAACGAUCCAAAGAACUACGAACGUACCCAUACCAUGAAAUUUGACAAUUCAUUUGCUCAUCUCUGCUCGGUAACAAAGGCAAAUGCACCCUUUUCGGCAUUAUUUCCACUUCCUGUUGAUCGGAGGCCCGUUCUAGAAUACUUUUUUCUGUCCUCCAAAAACGCCUCAAGUCAAACUUCCUCCUGGGCUUCCAGCUACUGAAUCUAUCUGAAUCUAUGUGCACUCUGCAGUCAUUUGUCCGGUGUCCUGGUUUUUAACAUCUCCAGCAUUUCCCCAAAAAAUUCCGAUUUAUGCUCAUGAAUGCUGCAGACUUGUUUUUAUUCUGCUCUGCAGUGUCCCGUUCCUUUCGUUUUAUCUCUUCCGCCAACAAUCUCGCCUUCACUUUAUUGAGACGACUAUAUCUUCUAACGUUUCGAGAGGCGUAACAACAUUGUCAUACGACUGAGGUAGAGAUGACUUACAGAUUCACCCUCACGUACCUUACCCUCCAGCUGCUCGCAACUCAUUAAUUAUUGCAUUGAAUGUCGUCAAAUGACGUUCCAUGGAAUCCUCCUCGGCAUACUACAGGCACAAUAGACGUUUUUGCAGCAACAUUUCGGUAACUACACCCUUUUUCUCAAAUGAGAAUUUUCCCAGCAUUUUACGAUUGUGUUCCGAGCCUUCGUAUCCAUUCCGCAGAUCGCAGAUCGUCCGCUGUCGGUUCCUUCUCCAUGAAAACCGACAGAUUCUUCUCAGCAAGCAACAGCACGAUCCGAAAUUCCCAGCUCGCGGAACCCUUUCCGUCAAAUUGUGGAUAUGUUACUUUAUCACCUUCCAUAUCGUGUCCGGACCCAUAACCUGAACGUUCUGAACGUUCUGAACGUUUUGUUUUUGACAACAGAAUAAAGAACAUAUCGAAAAGACAUGAGUCAGUUCAAACAACACUUGUUCAUAGAUUUGAAUACAGAUAACGUUCUCUAUAUAUUCAACAAGUUGGAAAUUUUUCUUCCACAGUAUUUACGUUCAAAAACUUACACUUCAAGUGUAACGCUCUCGUUUUCGAAACUUUGAACUUACACCCCGGUACAGAAACGUCAAAAUAUUUUCUUGAUCUGGAACACACAAAACAACACAAAAUCCUACUGAAAGUUCUAGGCGUUAAAUCAAACCGUCCUCAAAUGCACAAAGUAAUGAAAAGUCCAGUUGUAUCCAUUUAUCUGUCAUCCUCUUCUGUCGACGGUUUCAAACAUGAUUGUAUGAGAAACAUGGUGCCACGACACAAAGUACAAAACACAAAAUCAAAUAAACAUGUUUUAAAAGGCAAGGCACACUUGAUAAAAAAAUAGGCACAUAAUGCUGCUUUCGAAAUUAUUUCUAUGAAUAGCAACAUAUCGUAUUGAAUUGACAUAAUCAUUUGCUUUACCCAUCGUACAUUGAAAAGGACACGAAAUGGGUUACUCAGUUACUAGGACGAUAUAUAUCGUAACGUAUGGCGGGAAUCUUCGACGAGUAUACAAAUUACAAACAGAAUGAAAAUAAAACAAACGCUAAGAUAAACCUCAAUGACACACCAAUUUAAUUAUCAGUGGCUUUCCCCAAAUUGUGGAGUGCAAAUGCCGACCUCUUCGUGUAUCUUCUCAAUGUUUCCACUAUGCUGUCGAGAUGAAAUGUGACCGAAAAAAAAACAUAACAAGUGGAUACAAACGCAAUAUUUAUUCAUCAGCAACUAGUUCCCUUCAAGCUACUGUUUAAAAGAUUACAAGAAAGAAACAAAGGGAAAAUAAUUUGAUAGCCUAAAUGUUUAGCGCUCUAGAAAGGUACAUAUCUCAAUAUCGCUGUUUUCAGUCCGGCCAUUUGUGAGGAUCAACGGAAAGGGAAUUUUCCCGUAAGUUCAAAUACUUAAAUGGUACAUUUAUCAAGUGUCGAAUGUGUCACGACUGAGCAGAACAGAAUUCUUGCAUCCGUGUGCAACAUAUCAUUUACUUAGUUAUCCGACACACAUUCAUAUGCUGGUUCUCUGGUUGAAAUCACAGAAUGACAUUCUAAUUUUCAAUCAAUUCAGAUACACGUUUUAAAUUUAAGAAUUCUUAAAAGAAAUGGAACUGUGAUUUGUAAAUUUUAACAAGAAGGAUAAUUUUUAAUAUUACUUAUUUUGUCUAUCCCGUCUUGUAGAUGAAAAUAAUAGAAAGAAAGAGAAACUAUAAAAUUAUUAAACUGAAAAGAACUGAUUAGAUCAUUAUUAACUAAAUUUUUAGAAAGUGAAAAGAUGUGUAGGAAACUCUUAAAAAUCUGAGAUACUAAAAGUGAUUUCGGCUGCCAAAGAUAACUACUUUUCGUUUAAAAAUGGAUCGUCACACAUAGGCCCUUUCGUUUGAAACUAGAUAAACACUGCACACAGAGCCAGAUGAAAACCAUUCAAAGGGGAAUUUACAAACUAUAAGCAAAACUACUGAACACAGAAUGUGCCAUUUACAUAAAUAUCUUACAAACAGCAAACUUCCGAACUGUACAAUUAGGAGUUUUUCCUAUUAUUACGUGGUAACUUAUUUGGACAAUUGUCGUGGCGCUCCAGUACAAUCCAGUUAAUCCCAUCCGUGUUUGUCUAACAACCAAUUGUUGACGGCCAAGUUGAUGAUGGCGAGGAUAAUGAUGUGCCAAAUAGUAGAAUUACGUUCCGCCCGAGCGACACGACAGUCAUUCAAAUUCACCCCCAGAGCAUACUCGUUUAUCAACAGAGGUUGCAACGUGUGUGUGCAAGCAUCCAAUAAUAGUCCGCUACAAAAAGAAAAAAAUUGUCAAUAAAUGAUCUAAUAUGCGAGAAAAUCAGACAUCAUCAAAAUUAUAGGAAAAUAUCUUUCAAAACAUAUCUCGGCUCAACUUUUACAUUUUUACAAGAGAAUCAUAUUUUAAUAAACGGAAAAAAUGAAAUUUAAAUAAAACUCAGUAUUAUAACUUUUAAACUAAUGUUUUACACUUGACAGGAUUUGAAAUAACAAAUAAUACAAGUUUAAAUAUAAUGUGUCAUUUAAUUUAAUGAAUAGAACUAAGCAAAAAUACGAAUUUAUAAAUGUAAAAAUAAUUAAGAAAAGGAAAGUAAUUAUUUAAAGACACAUAUGCUGAUAGUUUGUAGUUCUGUAAGACUUUGUUAAUUCUAAAAGUUAUAUAUGUAGAUAAUAACACGAAACGAUACGAAUCAUUACGAUAAAAAAAACCGCGGUAUCAAAGAACCGCCAUCACAUCCGUACACUAGCUCAAUAUUGUUUCUACAACUGAGAAAAAUUAUAUUUGGUCGUCAGUUUGCCACCAGUUGCAGACAAAAUAUUUGUACGAAGAUGGAACAAACUGGGUAUGGGUAUCAAUGACCGCUCCCUACCGGAGGAUACGUCGGUUCAGGAAGCCAUUGUGUGAUUCUCUUUGUGUAACCAGUUUAAAUGCGUUCAAUGUGUCACAACCAACGGGAGAGAUUCAUACAGUUAAGUAUAGAAAUAAGAGUGAGACGAAUUGAAGGUUUAUUUGUAAUGCAGCAAUCUAAUUUUAAGGUCAUUGUACUAUAAACAUUACGAAUAAUUUGGAACACAACACAUGGAUAACGCUAGGAAAAAAAAGUAAACUAUUCAUCAAACACAUUAACAAAGUGUAUUUCCAUCUUUUUUAAGGAUUUUAGUUCAAAACUAAUUUGAAAACGGGUUAUCGAAUCAAAUACAUUACCGUUGCCAAGCAACAGCACAAUCUGCAUUGAGCAAAAAAUCACUUAUUUCGACCAGUUUUUUUCAAACCUUCACACCAUCAUCAGGAAGUAAUUGCUUGCCAUAUUACCACUCAGUGUCAAUCAUAUUGAUUUGCAAAUUUUCAAGUUAAGACAGAAGUGAACCGAAUCGAGAUCGUUUAAAACAUACACACUAACCAAAUAUGAUCGAAUGCAACAAAUAAUAUCACAAACAAAGCUGCAAAAUUUAGACGAAUUAUCAGUUCAAAUGCAACCGAGCUGCCUUUCAGACAGUACAAGAAAUACAGAGAAAUAAUAGAAGAAAAAAAUAUUUUAAAAAAGCAAAACGAACAUUUAAACAUGUCAUAGAUAUUAUAACUCACAUUGUCUGAUUUAGGUAAUGAAAUUUUCCAUUAAUCUUAAAACGGUGGAUGAAAAUAGAAUUUUAACAAACAUGACGAUAUACCUCAGGUUUUAGAAUGCAAACAAAACAAAAUUUUAGCAAACAAAACCAUUUUACAGUGAAACAAAUCUAAAUAUAUAGCAAGCAGGCUUGUGAAAUCAAAAAACAGUACACUUAUCAAAUCUGCCGAUAGCGUGAAAUAGGUAAAAUAAAAUCAACACAUCACUAAACAUCAGCAUAAAAGAUCUCACACAGCGAGCACAGCGAGACAGUGUAUUGUACAGAAUAAUUUUACGUUGCGUUCGACAAACAAACAUACAAACAAAAGACUGCAAAACUGCAGCACAACAAACUCUGUUCCACAUCCGAAUCGCUCGAAAUAGAGAAGGAAACCCCAUUUAUUUGUGUACUAAUUGUAAACAGGUUCACUGAAAACUAGGUUGAGGACUCGAUCGCAAUAGAACAUUAUCAGAAUGUUCCAAAUUAACUCGUGAAAUCAAUACAACAACACCUUCACAUUUUUUCAUAGAAUUUGAACGGGAAACACACACACAUGUUUUAAUGCAAACAAAUAAGUAUGUAGGUCAUUCAACAAAUCAAAUUGUAAACAUGAAAUUAAUUUUUUUAUCAGAUAAUGUUUAAUUAUCAUGUAAUUAUUAUCAAUGUAAGAAAAAACAAUAAUUACUCAAUAAAAUCUAAUUCUACAAA